AUGACACUUCCACACAAACACCAUGACGAAAUCGCCGACGUGGGCUUCACGAUCGUGAGAGGCUUCCUCCUGCCUGAUGAGGUUGAAACCUAUAAGAAGGCCUCAUUGGACGUUGUUCAAUAUGCCAGAGACGGCAAUUGGCCUCAUGUUCGUACCAGAGGAAAACAGUUUCCGCCAUGGCCUAAGAACUUCAGUCCAGACAUUUGGGGUGUCACGGGUCUUUUGCACCCGGAACUCAAGGAUAUGUCGAAACCUUUCCAGACAUUAUACUCGGACCAGCGUCUUUUGAGUAUGGCACUGGACAUUUUGCAGACACCCACUGACAACUUGUGCAUGGAGUUGUUCAAUAUGUUGAUCAAUCCUCUCACUGACUUUGGUCUUGAUUGGCACAGAGACUAUAUUAAGCCUGAGGCGCUGCCGGAACAGGAGGCUGAUGAGCUCCUCACGGCUCCAUAUGCUGGAACCCAAUUUAACCUAGCAUUGACCAAUGACCUGUGCUUGAUUGUGGUGCCUGGAUCUCAUAAGCGAAUCAGAACAGAGGAGGAGAGAGAAAAGACUACCAAUGACGACAGAAAAGAGCAUAUCACUGGUCAGAUCUCCGUGGACCUCAAACCAGGUGACAUUGUGUUCUACAACAGUAACAUUUUGCACCGUGCGACGUACCUGGCCAAGGAGCUCCGUUUGACGUUGCAUGGUUCGUAUGGACAUUGUGACGAGGGCCACUUCCGUGCCAAAGGUGUGCUUCAACAUGGUGUAGCUGAAUGGCUUCCCAAGUUUGAGCCUGUGAACGAGAACAUGACGAUGUUGAGAGACAAAUUGGCCAAAUUGGCGGAACAGUUUAAGGGCGCUGAUUUAGGUUACUCCUUGGAUGGUUGA